CCACACAUGAUGGCUGUACUCUGAGGCGUGCUCCUGCUGUCGUUUCCCGAGCUCUGUCUUGAUCAGUCAUUCUUGGUCAACGACUCAACCGUCCAUAACCUUCUCGGAGUUCUGACUUCCAAUGCCAAUGAAGGCCUAGAAUCAACUUUCUUUUCCAUGUGUCAAAAUGUCCUCAAUAUUUCAAGCAUCCUCUGAUGCGUCACGUGCCGACUCAAGUGUCGACUCAAGUGUGGCAGAAAGUAUCCAGAGCUUAUACAGGAAUGCAUCUGGGACUACAUCAAGUGGGAAUCAUGUGGAUCGGACAGGUUCUCAACCCGAAAUGGGACCACUGAGCCCAGGAGCUGGCCCUAUCACUAGAUUAGGUGCAACAAGCUCGCAUCUGCCAAAUCUAGAAACUCGACAGCACUCAGUCCUCUUCUAUCUCUCUCUGAUUGAAGGGCGAUGCAGGACACAGGCUGCACGUAUUCUCAACGAGGGUCGUCACCCUGUCGACCAAUUGCCAGAAAAUGACCCGGAGGUUCGUGCUCUUGCUCGGCAGCUUUUCGCGGAAAUGUCCAGCGAACUUCACAAGGCUGGCAUACUCCCCGAUGAAUUUGCAGGAAGAGAUCUCGAGGACCUCAGAGCACGAUAUCUAAACACUUUCGACGCCAUUCUCCAAAACAUUGCAACAAAAGAAACAACCCACCUUUACCAGCAGAGUACGUAUAGUUCUAUUGAUAGAUCUAACGUAUUUGCGGUUAGCACAAGAUCACCAACUGCCCUGGAGAAGAGACACCAAUACGACAACUUAGCCAUGGCUCCCAAAUCCUUCCUUUACUCUCACAUCCUGAGGGACGGUGGUGGCGAACGAAUGCCGACUUCAAUCUUCCAGACACAGUAUGAGAUCAAGUCCGUGAUUGGCAGGGGAGGCUAUGGUGCUGUCUACAGGGCAAAAAACCUUAUUGAUGAACAAGAGUAUGCAGUGAAGAAGAUUGUCAUAAGUGGCAAGAAGGUCAAGCUGGCUGUCAGCAGUGAUCAGCAGCACGCUUUGCUUAUAGAGGCCCGCACUCUUUCAAAGCUGAACCAUCAAAACAUUGUACGUUAUUACGGUGUCUGGGUUGAGACUCGCCCAGAGGAGCAGUCCAGGGAUGAUGAGACAGCAUCUGGCCAGCCUUCAGAAUCUGCCGCUUCAGAGAGCUCGAAUGGUUCACAGGAUACAUCUGCCCAAUUGGAACCCUAUGAGGAACCCAUGCUCUCUGAUAUGGAGGGUUCGGAUAUUUUUGAAAGAGCCUUACCAUCAACAAAGUCCGCGGGAUAUCCGGAGUCAUCAGCACAAAGCAGCCAAUCUACUGGAGCACAAAACGCUCUGAUUAAGAGAUCUCCAUUCUUCAGAGGCCCUGAUUCUGAAUCCGAGUCUGAAAAGGAUAAGGUUGUUCCACGAUAUAUGCUGCCAAACCAAACUGCAAAGCCAAACCUAGAUGCCGUUCUAUUCAUCAAGAUGGAUAUCUAUCCGAUGACAUUGGAGGAUUUCUUGUGGCCAGAACAGAUACGCGAAGGAGGUCCUAUUGAGGUGCAACAUUGCUUUCAUACUCUGACAACCGUGCGUAUCCUUUAUGCUAUCUUGGAUGGAAUCGACUACAUUCACGAUCUUGGAAUCAUUCAUCGAGAUCUCAAGCCGGGAAACAUCCUCCUCUCUGUCCAGCAAGACCCAAAAUCACCAUCCGCAGGAUCCAUUAAUAUAAGCAGCUGCCCAGAAUGCCCUAGUGGCCUUCAUGGCAAACCAACCUUCAUUACGCCUCAUAUUGGGGAUUUUGGGUUGGUGGCCACGCAUCUAGCAAAAAUGAAGGAGGACUCACAUGUCGGCUCCAAAUUCUACUAUCCACCUUCGACAGACGGUAUAAUUUGCCCCAAACUCGAUGUGUACGGCCUGGGUGUUAUUGCAUUUGAGCUACUUUACAAAUUCAGUACGAGAUCAGAGCGAGUUAAGGUACUCGAGGAGCUGACCAAAGGUAUAUUCCCUGCCGAUUUUGAACCUCAUGAAAUGGCAGCUGGAAUCAAAUUCAUGACCAAGCACGAUAGAGAAGAGCGAUGGGACUGUGCUGCUGUCCGAAAGUGGCUUCAAGAUAUUAAGAAACGCCAUGAGUCUGCGUAUUAGUGGGAAUGAGCGAUGGGAUUGUGCGGCUGUUCGGAACUGGCUUCGUGCCAUUAAGAAACGCGAUGGAUUUCUCUACUGGAGGGUGAGCGACGAGAAUGUGCUGCUGUUCAGCACUGGUUUCACGACAUCAAGAGACACUGAGGGUUUCUCUACUGGGGGUUGAGCGACGGGAUUGUGCUGCUGUUUAGAACUGGCUUCAUAUGACAUCAAGGAACGCAUGAGAGCUUCUCUACUGGGGUUUGAGCGAUGGGAUUGUAUUUUACUAAGAUACCCAGGCAGAAGUCACUGAGUGAUCUUGCAGGUUAUGAUCACUCAUUACGAAGAAGCAAUUGAAAGAAACUGAAAAUUAUGCCC